CACAGAGAUCCAUUGUGUGACAUCAAUAGAACAAGUGUUUACACCCUUAAAAGAACAGUCCAGAUGCUGAAGAUUUUCACUUUGAGGGAAAUGAGAAAGAGACGACAUGCACAGGAGCGAGAAUAGAGGAAGCUGGGAGUUUCAACCUGAGGAGACCCUAAUAGAGGAUUCUGGUGAGUUUCCAUCUUGCUUGGCACAGGCGAACCUCAACUGGCAGAAAGAGGACCCCUCUGGAGGUUGUGCUGUGGAUGUCCCAGGUCUGUCUUAUCAGAAUGAAGAUAUAAUGUCAGAGAGUUGGAAGCAACACAGGAAGCAUGUGUUUGUGCUGAGCGAGGCUGGUAAACCUAUUUACUCACGCUAUGGCAACGAGGAGGCCUUGUCCUCCACCAUGGGUGUUAUGAUGGCGCUGGUCUCCUUCGUCCAGGCUGGAGGCAACACAAUUCAAUCUAUUUUUUCAGAUAAUCGCACAGUGGUAUUUUUGCAGAAGGGGCCGCUGGUGUUUGUGUCCGUUUCUUCCACUCGCCAGUCUGAGCAGCAGCUCCGCAGUGAGCUCCUCCAUGUUUAUCAUCAGAUAGUCAGCCUUCUCACGCAGGCCAGCAUAAAUCGUAUCUUUGAGCGCCGGAAGAACUAUGACCUACGGCGUCUGCUGUUUGGCUCAGAGAAGAUUCUGGACAGCCUUCUCGAUGUCAUGGAUUCUGAUCCCGGCUUCAUGCUCUCGGCGGUCCAAUGCCUGCCUCUGCCAUCCUCUUCCAGAGACGUUCUCAGUCAAAUCCUACAGAAAGCCGUCACCCCGAAUCUGGUCUUUUCCUUUCUCAUUGCCAAUAACCGACUUGUCUCCAUCGUUCAGGAGAAGACGGUCCUGGAGGACGCUAGGCUAAAACCCAGUGACCUUCAUCUCCUCUUCAACCUCAUCAGAGCCUCUGCUUUUCAGGCUGGAGAGAUAUGGACGCCCAUCUGCCUGCCUCUGUUCAAUCAUGACUGUUACUUCUAUGCUUAUGUGGCAUAUCUAGACCCGCCCGAAUGUACUGUAUGCCUUGUUCUUCUGUCUACAGAUAAAGAAGCUUUUUAUGCCAUGGCAGAGUGCAAAAGGAAAAUUGAAGAAGCUUUCGCAUCCCAGAAUGCCUUGCAGUGUGUGCCAAACACUCAGAUGAGCUGUUUUGAUAAUAUUGAUGUAGCUAAUCUCAGGCACUUCCUGUAUAAGCCCUCAAAUGUGCAAGACCACCAUCGCCAGCUUUCACAGUUCACAUGCCCAGAGAUGGAUGUGGCAUACAGAACCCAGGAUGAGAAGAUACGUUUGCUGGAUCUGUAUCGAAACAUGCACAAUCGUAUCCAUAGUAUGUCACGACCCCUUAAACUCAUCUACCAUUCUGCAGAAAGAGAAACUCUGCUGGCUUGGGUCACUGGCAAGUUUGAGAUGUACGCCUGCUUUACUCCUCUUAUCACUAAGAAAUCAGCUAUCAGUGAACUCACUAAACUGCUGCGUUGGAUCAAAAAGGAAGAGGACCGUCUCUUUAUCUGUAAUCUCCCAAAAUACUCCACUGUCCCACAGCCAGGCAGGAGUUCUACAGACAGGGGGAGAUCAGAUAGACAGAACGCAUCAGACACUGGCCUUCUGUCUCUCUUGUAGCCAGGGCCGUCCAUAGUGCAGCCGGUGCACCCCCACCCCAGAUCUCAAAAGGACCGAGGGGACUACAAACCAAACGCUAUCAGACUGCGGGACGGCCCUGCUAUAGCAUUGUGUAUCCUACUGGCCUGUUUUACAUCCAUGUUUCAUGGUAAAUUCAGUGCGUUUGCUUAAAUGGGAGAAGUGGCUACAUUGAAUACAAGUCUUCCUUGUUUGUGGGUUCGUAUGGUGGCUUGUUCCUUAAUAAAGUACUGAAAUUCAUGUUCAUUUUUCAGUUCAACUUUUGAGUCCUUGUUCUGCUGGCAACAGAGUUUGCAAUGACAAACUGUUUUACUAAUAAAGUACAUAUGUAUGUGCCUCUGUUGAAUCAUGAGUUUAAUCAUGACUUUUAUGUGUAUGUGGCAUGUCUAGAUCAUCCUGAAUGUACUGCAUGUAAUAAUAAGAAAUGUUUCAUUG